AUGUCUUCCAACGACCACCCGCAGCCCGGGCUCCCCAAAGACCACGAGUCGGUGGCUGUCACUUCUCCGCAGGAGUCCCACCCGCAUCAAAUCGAAUCAAAAACCUCCCCGGUCCUCGAAAACACCAUCGGUGAUCACGAAACCUCUGCUAUUCCAUCAGACCACACUCAGUCAGGCGAUGCGCCCGCAAGCCACCCCGCAACUAACGGUGGCGAAACUCCCGUGGAGGCGACUACAGCGAACGAAUCUGCGGGCGCGAUCGCGCAGCCUGCCAGUACGGAUGUGCCAUCUACAGAGAGCGAGGAGUUGAAGCCUGGGGCAGAGCUCUCGUCUGAACAGGAGGAUGCAGAAGGGAAGGAAGUUGAUGCUGGGCCUUCGCUUCACAUCACGCUGCUUUUGACAACGGGUUCACGACACCCGUUUACGAUCGAUGGGCAAUAUUUGCGGAAGAGAUCCGUCAAUGUGGAGAAUUCCGAUCCUUUUGCGAUGAGCGUGUACACUCUGAAAGAAUUGAUCUGGCGAGAGUGGCGAUCUGAUUGGGAAACCCGUCCUUCGUCUCCAAGCUCCAUUCGCUUGAUUUCUUUCGGAAAAUUGUUGGACGACAAGUCGCCUCUUUCUGAAUCAAAAUUCAACCACGAUGCCCCUAAUGUCGUACAUAUGACAGUGAAGCCGCAGGAGGUAGUCGACGAAGAAGACGCCAAGGGAGCAAAGGCGCAAUACAGCCAGGGACGCGAUAACAACGAGCGCAGCCCUGGCUGUCGCUGCGUGAUUCUAUAG